AAUAAACAUAGAAUUAACUUUACACAUUCUGUUGACCUGAUCUGCAUUAGACUGUACAGGUGAACCUGAGAGUGACACUGAUUCUAUAUCUAAAUAUCCAGAUAGUUCAAAGGAUAUGCAGCUAUAUCAGAUGCAUGUACAGAUACAUCUAAAAUAGAUAUAUACAUAUACACAUAUGCAGAUACACCUAAAAACAUCACCUGCACCUAAAAACAAGUCAUUAAUUUGGUCAUGAAGAGGCACGACGCUGGUUCAAGAUAAGAACUUUUUUUUUUUCUUACUCUGAUUUUGCUUUCUGUGCACAAUUACAACGGCAUCAAGUGCUAGCUGGCAGUGUGUGCCUGUGUCUUCUGUACCAACAUCACUGACUGUAGUGGGAGGGGAAACCAGCUGCUGGGUUAUACUGGGGCACCAGCAUGUCUGCUGCUGGAAACUGGAUGGCUCUGGCUGUUGGAGCUGUGUUGGUGUUGGGAGCCAGAGGGCCAGCAGCUAGCUGGGUUAACGCUUAGAUCAGUGCUUUCCUGAAAUACUAUUAUCAAGCCUACUAUCUGCCCACACACACACGCACACACACACACACACACGCACACACACAUUAAAUGGACAGCUGCCAGUGUGAGCACACUGCCUGUUGUGUAUCUAUUCGGGUGGUUGGAUAACAGAGCUGGAGCAGACGGGUUACAGUGCCAGGAGAAACACAGAGUGACAGCAGUUUGAUUGGCAGCUGACUGGUCCAAUGAUGGAGGAGCUUCAUGAUGUCCAACUGACUGAGAUCAAACCACUGCUGACAGGACAGACUGGGAGAAAUCUGCAGGACUUCGACUGUCAGGAGCACGAUGUGGAGACGGCCCACGGCGUGCUGCACGUCACCAUGAGAGGGGUUACCAAGGGCAACCGACCCACCAUCCUCACCUACCACGACAUCGGACUCAACCACAAGUCUUGUUUCAACAGCCUGUUUAACUAUGAGGACAUGCAGGAAGUGACUCAGCACUUCUCAGUUCUUCAUGUUGAUGCUCCAGGACAACAAGAGAAUGCUCCCCUGUUCCCUGCCGGGUACCAGUACCCCACCAUGGAUGAACUUGCAGAGAUGCUGCCGUCUGUCCUGACGCAGCUGCAGGUGAGGAGUGUGAUUGGGAUCGGAGUGGGAGCAGGAGCCUACAUCCUCACCAAACUGGCUCUGAAUGAACCCAGCUUGGUGGAGGGUUUGGUUCUCAUCAACAUUGACCCCUGUGCCAAGGGCUGGGUGGACUGGGCUGCUUCCAAGCUGAGCGGCUGGACCAGCAACCUGGUUGACAUCAUCAUGGGGCAUCACUUCAGCAGUGAAGAGCUAACAGAGAAUCGGGAGAUCAUCCAGACGUACAGACUGCAUAUCUCUCAGGACGUCCCACAGGACAACCUGGCCAUGUUCUACAGCAGCUACGACAGUCGUACUGAAUUGCAGAUGGAGCGGCCAGUCCCUGGUCUGAAUGAACACACAGUCACCACACUCAGGUGUCCUGCUCUGCUGGUGGUUGGAGACACGUCACCUGCCGUUGAUGCCGUGGUGGAGUGUAACUCCAGACUUAACCCCACCAAGACCACCCUGCUGAAGAUGGCAGACUGUGGCGGUCUUCCUCAGGUGGUGCAGCCUGGAAAACUGGCGGAGGCGUUUAAGUAUUUUGUGCAGGGAAUGGGCUACAUGCCCACAGCCAGUAUGACCCGGCUGGUUCGCUCCAGGACUCACUCGGCCUCCAGCGUCAGCUCAGCAGACGGCGCCCGGGGCCACAGCACCAGCAGCACACGGGCAGAGGGCGGCGACACACACACGGCAACACACAACAUGGAAGUGACGGCAUAGGGCUGUCCUGCUCUCCUCCCCAUCUUCCUCUCUCCACUUCUCCAUCCUGUCCUCUUUUCUUCUCCUUCUCCUCUUUUGUCUCCUUCCUGCUCCUCAGUAUGUCCACAAACUCUCUUUUGGGACAGAAUCCGUUCUAGUUAAAUAUGAAAUGUUCCUAAGAUUAAAUUGUCUACCCAGAUAACUGAAAAAGAGGUCACAUGUCUAAUCAUCACAUCUGAAGUUUCAUCAAUCUAAAAUGCUAAGUGUCUCAUGCUGCUCCAAAAGGAGCAGCACCAAACUUGUCCAAGUUUAAAAAUAAGCAGAAGGUGAAAAUCUGUUAGCAGAGUUAGCAGAGAAGGUGCUGCACUUCCAUCGUCUCAUAGCAACAUCCCUCCAACAACCAGCUGAGCUGCUUUUUGUCGAGUGAACACAGGAGCUGACGCUGCGUUCCAGACACAAGCAGAAAGUCCGAAAUCCGAGGCUCUGACUGAAGCAGUUCAUGUAACGUCAGCAUUAGCUAGCCAGCAUGGAACACUAGCAACUGUAUAUGAAUAUCUACAUUUGUUGUAUUCUUUUGACUGUUAACCAUAAAACUUAAUGACAUUCAAUGCUGAAGUUGCAUGACUGAGUGUUAUUGAUAAUUGUAAAUCUUUUAAAAUGACCGCAGCGCAUGCCACCAUGUCGAUGGGAUCUGAAAAAAAAAAAAAAAAACAGCUUUUGGAAACCUGUGGGGUGGACUGAGGGAGCUGUGCUGUUUCAGUUUCCUCAGCAGGAAGCUGGAAUCUCUGAGUUUGUUCAAGUGUCUGGAACACAGCACUGAAGACGGCCCAGCUGCCUUACACACACACAGGGCUGAGAUGUCUCCACCUGUCAGUCACAGUCACCACACCUGCUCAGUCAGGAGACAUGAGGCACAGACAGAUUUGGCCAGUGGCAGCCAUGUUGGCUCCACGUGUCUGCUCUGUUUCUGUUACCAUGUUACCAUGUUACCACGUUACCAAGUGACUGUCUGCCAGCUGAUCUUCAGGCUGCUGACACCAUGUCACUGGUUUGUGUUUACAGCCUAAGCCUGUGUCUGUGUGUGUGUGUAUGUGUGUGUGCGGCUCUGGCUCGUGUGCACGGGGCUGUGUGGUUGCCGUGGUGACCAUCACUUUUUUAAAAUUACAUUGUUUCAGGUUUGUUGUCCUUGUUUAAUGAAGUGAAGCAGGCUGCUUGGUGGCUGUUUUGUUCUCAGUUUCCUGUGUGGCCGGCGUGGCGGAGCACAGGGGGCGCUCUCCUCUCUGGAGGCAGCCGUCAAACCUCAGAGUGGAAAAUAAUCAGACAUAAACAGCUGUUCACCUGAACACCACCACCUCACCUCACCUGAGCAGGUUUGUUUUACUUGCCAGAGGAGACUUGAGUCUUUCUUUUGCCUCACUGAGGUGAAACUGAUGGAGGUUAUGUUGUAGAAGUGUGUGUUGACGGGACAGAGAGUGUUUUCUCUGUCGGGCUGCUGGCUGUGAACUCAGCAGGGCCUUUUCCUUUUCUACCAAACUGUCAGCGUGUCGCUCUUGUACAUUAUUAUACAGACUUUUAAAGCUGUGGUUCAUGAUUUGCUGUUCUGUGCUGAUUAUUUGGCUUUCUAAAUUUGUUGCAACGUGACAUUUUUAACUUUAUGAAUUGCACUUUAAAUGACUGUGUGUGUGUGUGUGUGUGUGUGUGUGUGUGUGUGUGUGUGUGGCAGGAUGGUUCCCUGCAGUGAAACUCUACAUGAUCAUUAUUUCUCUAGUUCUUCUUGUUUCUUAGUUAAGUUGUGCUGACAUGAUCUCUGGGUGAAGUGUUGCUGUUGCUGCAUGGUCGGUGUGUCGCUGCCCUCUGCUGACUGGAGGACAGAAGGGCGGUUUCUUUCUCCACUAGGAUUUCAUUCUCACCAGGGCAGGAAAUAAACCUGCAGCCAGCUGGCAUUUAGUUGAUUUUCAGACCCAGUCGUCCUCUGCUGGAACCCCGUCUGAAGUCAUUUGGCCCUUUUAUAAACCUCUAAAUCAAGAAAUAUUUUGGUAUUUCAAACAUUUAAACAAUAAAUCUGCUGUCUAUCCAGUAAACAGUUUUUUUCUAAACUAAAUUCCAGGUCAGUGUCUGGUAACCUUUCACAACUUUUCACCGUUUCCCUAUUUUUUGGAACAAAACCAAGUGAGUUCAUGCAGGUUUUUUGGUUAAACUUGAAUACUGACAAGCUGGUGAGAUUAAACCAGAAAGAAGGAAAUAUUAACAUGAACGUCUAAUGAAAUAUAUUAUUGAAUUAUAAUGAAAUUGAACUAUUCCUCAUUUUGUGUCACUCAAAGACACCUGGGGGUCCCCUGGCCAGGUGAAAAGCACUGACGGUCUGUCUGGUGUAUUUUCCUGCUCUGGUUUGUUCACUUCACUGUUCACCUCCGUCAGAUGAAAACCUCACGUCUCCAAGAGCUGACAGCAACAGUCCUGCUCUCAAACACACACACACACAUUCACUCCAGCAGUUUCAUAGAGAUUAAAAUUCAAGUAAAAUGAUAAAGCUGCCUUUGAGGCAUGUGGUUUUCAUCUGGCAACUACAAAUGACGUUCUGUAAUCUAUAAUACUGUCAUUGGCAUUGCUCUUAAUAUUUAAUAUUACUUCUAUCUGCAAUUUGUCCUGGAAUAAAUAGCUGUUCUGUUCCAAGGUUUGUACUAAAACAUGGAUGUUGUUCCAUUCCUUUUAAUGGUUAUGAGGUUUGUACUCAAAUAAAGUUGGUUAUCUAACA